AUGACGAGACGUGUCCAGAUGUGCUUUAACAGGGGACUCGAGUGUUUCACGCCGCGUCGCAAUCCAAGUGGCAGCAUUUGGAGUCGCAGUCAAACGCGUCCAAUUUGCGAUGAUUUUGCCGAGCAGCCAGUGGCUGAAACGGAAUUGGAGCGCUCCUGUGGCUAUCAUACAUGCAGCAGCGCUGCCUCAACGCCCACCAAACAGCAGCUGCGACGCACUCAGGACAUGGAAUUGGCCAAUCAAAGUAAUCAAUGCAACAAUCGCAGCAACGAUGAUGAUAACAGCACCAGCUGCGACUUGGCAUCCGCCGUGGGCAACCUGGAAUGGGAGAUGUAUAUGAUGCAGCACGCACAGCGCAUUAUGCCGAAGACAUCGUCUCCGAUUUGCCAGCGUCGCGAUUCCACAUUUGAGCUGAACUCACGCUCCUAUCACAAGUGGCGCAACUAUCUGCAGAGUACGCCCGCCCACAUGCUCCACAAUGUCAGCCACAUACCGGAGGCAAUAGCCGGCCACUUUUGUCCCACCGAUUUUCCAGCCUUCAGCGAUCUGGAGGAGAUGGAGAGCGCCGCCAAGCGUUUCAAGAUUGAUACAAAUGUCUCAGUAUAUGCGGUCAGCAGUCCGCUUCAGCAGCAGCAUCUAACGCAUCCCAUUAGCACAGAUCUUUAG